GUUUUAAAUUAGAUAACGCGUGAGUGUUUGGUGUGCGCAUGUGUAUAUAUAUAUAUAUAUAUAUAUAUAUAUGUCUAUACUCGCACAUGUUCGUUAGAGUUCAUCUAAGCGGUGUUUUGUUUUUACGGUGUAACCAAUUUUUGUAACUAACAUGGACAGUGAACACACAGUUGGUUCUGGUAUUUCCAAGGUCCAUUCAAUGGCUGUUUCUGGAUUUACAAAGAAUUCUGCAGAAUCUUACAAUCUAGGACGGCCUUAUUACACAGAUCAAACAAUUGAUGAGAUAAUUAAACGAAGCCAACUGAUCGGCUUGGAAAGUACAGCAAAUAUAUCCUACGAUGUUCUAGAAUUGGGAGCUGGCACUGGCAAAUUCACCCAAAAGCUUUAUCCAAGACUAAAACAGUUGAACAAAGAAGGAAACAAACCCCUGAAAUAUUUGGCUACUGACCCCUCAGAAGGUUUCCUGUCCACCUUACAAGAGACUUGUCCAGAUGUAGAAACUGCUGCUGCUUCUGCUAAUUGCUUAAAGGUACCAGACCAUUCUGUCCGGUUGGUAGCAGCUGCGCAAUCCUUCCAUUGGUUUGCUACAGAGGAAGUUCUCCAAGAAAUCCAUAGAAUUUUGGUCCCUGACGGAAUGUUAGGUAAGUUCAUGGUUUCAUUAUCAUCAAAGUCGUUAUUGUUUUUGCUAUUGUUAAUUGCUGUGAUUCUCGUUAAGGUCUUUAGUAAUCAGGAUUCAAAUUUCAUCAAAAUUGCAGAUGAGGGUUCUCUCCCUUUUUACACAUUCAAUCUUCUCCUUGAAAACUACCCUCCCAAUACACCCCGGGAAGCAUCUGAGGAAUGGAAAAAAGUCUUUGAAUCCUUUACAGACUUCCAACAGCAGUUUUAUACCCAACCUUCAGGUCCAGUGAUUCAGGGAACGAAAUCCACAGUCAUUAACUACUUCCUGUCUGUUAGUGUUAUAGCCUCAUUAGAUGACCUGGAGAAAGAAAAAGUGAAAGGCGAUUUUGUCAAACUACUAAAUAAAUGGUUUCCUGACAGCACAGAAGAAACACCUGUAGAAUUUCCAUUUCAAACUCACCUUUAUGGAUUUGUCAAACAAUAAUAUAUAAAUACCUGUUGAUCAAUGGAGCCAGUAAAAUAAUUUCCCAUUGAGCACUGGGGCCAAUGUAAUAAACUUACCUCUCACCUGAUCCUGGCUUUGUGCCAAAACUUGAAACCAAUUUAAUGAAUAAUUCUGGUAAUUAAAAAACUAAAUUCUUAUUAUUGAAAUCAACCAAUGAUCUAUCUUUAUUUAUAAUAUUCACAAUCUAUUUAGCGGUAUUUUGUCUGUCUUAAUGCUCAGAGUUAAAUUUCUGCCGAGGUCAACUUUACCUUCCAUUCUUUCAGAGUCGAUGAAAUAAGCACUGGUGUUGAUGUAACCGACUUUACCCCCACCCCUGAAAUUUCAGGACUUGUGCCUAUAGUAGAAAGGAUUAUUAUUAUUAUUAUUAUUAUUAUUAUCAUUAUUAAGGCAGUGAGCUGGCAGAAUCGUUAGCAAACUGGGCGAAAUGCUUAGAGGUAUUUCGUCUGUCGCUACAUUCUGAGUUCAAAUUCCACCGUGGUUGACUUUGCUUUCAUUUUUUCAGGGUCGAUUAAAUAAGUACCAGUUACGCACUGGGGUCGAUGUAAUUGAUUUAAUCCCUUGCCCCAAAUUUGAGGCCUUUUGCUUCCAGUAGAAAGGAUUAUUAUUAUUAUUAUAGUUGUGAACUGGCAGAAAAGUUACUGUGCUUAAUGGACUUUCUGAGUUCAAAUUCCAGCUGAGUUUGACUCUGACUUUCAUCCUUGUGGGGUUGGUAAAAUAAGUACCAGUUGAGUACUGGGAACCAAUGUAAUUAACUUAAGCCCUUCCUCAAAAUUGCUGGCCUUGUGCCAAAAUUGGAAACAAGUAUUUAGUUAGCUUUCAGUAAAAAAGACAGCAACAUUGAGCUGUUGUCAAUGCUGAGCCUGUUGUUGGUAUUAGAGAAAUGCAGCUUGUGUAGCUGUACUUGGGGAAUGAAAUUGAAGGAUUCUUAUAUUCAUGGAAUGUAUAAACUAAUAAAAAGAUAUGAAGAAA